AUGCUUCGUCGCGGCUUUGCCCUAGCACGCAUGAAGCGCUGGGGAUCUGCUGCCAAAGAUCUGGAGCAAGCCGUGAGUGCGGACCCUGAAGACAAGAAGGCAAAUGCAGAGUUGCAGAUGGUACGUCGAAUGCUGACAGAGCAGGCAAAGGACGCCCGUGCUCACGCAAAAUGCGUGAUAUGUGACAGCACACGGGCUCCAUCAAUACCGACGAGAAAGCUUUUGGUCAAAGUGCUCCAGGCCAAGCCGCUCAAACCCAUCAAGCCGGCGAAGGAAGCCGACAUGCCGGUCCGCGCGACGGAGGAGGCAGGCGAUGUCCCGGCACCUCCAUGUCCUUCUUCGGCAUCAGCGCCGACGGCUCGGACCUACGUUCCACGCAGUGUGCGAAUGCGAGGACGGCACCUUGCGGAGGUAGGCUCAGAUCAUGGGCAAGGUGCGAAGAAGCCAAUGAGUUUCUAUCAGUUUGAGGCACAAUGGGCUCGUAGCAGGCCGCUGGAUCGAGCUUCGCUAUUACGCAGACUGGGUGCCGCUUCCCUGCCAGCGCUCUUCCGGGAAUCUUUGGACUCGGAGUUGCUGGCCUCGAUUCUUCAGGCCCUUGAAGUCGAUCUUGCUGAAGGGCAUUCUCAGAAUCAGUUUGCCGUCGAAGUCUUGGGGUCACUCUCGAGGACCCCCCGGUUCGAGCUGAGUCUCCAGAGUCUCACUGCGCCGGAGCGUAAACAAUUGGAAGAGGUUCUUGCCAAGCUGCGUGUUGAAGUGGCGGCAGAGGAGAUGGCAAAACUCGACGAUGCCUACAGGCCUGCCAUGAAUGCCGUGACAUCGCAUGUUUGUAGUUCCGCAGCGACCGCAGUGGCAAGCAGAGGAUGA